CGCGCGCGCGCGCUCACACGCUCACUCUGUAGCGGAGCAGACCUUUUUGGAGCAGCCCACCCCUCUGUGCAGUAUGCAUGUUGGCCUCGGAACUUGCGGAGCUCUCACGUCCCAGCAGCAGUGUAUCUCGACGGCCAGAGAACAUCCGUACUACGCGAGUCGAGGAUAACGCACUGUGUUGGAUGUGGCGUGGGGACCACAGACGGAAAUGCUGGACUGCCCGGGGGAAUAGAUUAUUUAUCAUAGUACUUAUUAUUAUUGACAUUCUUGGUGUUAUUAUUAGGACUAAGAUUACAGGAGUAAGCUACAAGCUGCCGCUCUCCUCUGAACGUGGACAAUCAUGCAUGUGCUCUUUUGGGGCUUGGGAUUCCUGCUAUUCCCUGAUUUAUUAUCGGCAGACGCAUCCACGGGGACACUGCUCUUGAAUCCAAGCACAGUAAAAGGGGACAUUGGCCCCUAUGAGAUUGUCACACCGGUGCGAGUGGACGGAACCGGUGACAAGUUGCCGAGCAGCGCGCACUUCAAGAGGAAACGGCGAAGUUUGGACGAGAAGAGCGACAAUAUUACGGAGCACUGGGCGUCUCCAAAUAUCCAUUACAGGAUUUCUGCUUUCGGACAGAACUAUCACCUCAACCUUACAUUGGACUCGGAAUUUAUCGCCCCGCUAUACACUGUGACAAUACUUGGAGUACCUAGAGGAGAUAACGUGGAGGAGGAGGACACAGAGUUGAGGCACUGCUUCUAUAAAGGACAAGUAAAUGCUAAAUCAGAGCACGCCGCAAUCAUCAGUUUAUGCUCCGGACUGUUUGGUACCUUCAGAUCUCCAGAAGGGGAAUAUUUUGUCGAGCCCCUUCACAACUACCAAGGAAAACAUUAUGAAGAGGAACACACAAAACCUCAUAUUGUGUACAAGAAGAGUGCACCUGAAAAAGAGAAAUCUGGGGACAGCUCAGCUUGUGACACUUCAGAACUCAAACACAGGCAUAAGAGGCACAAGCUGAGAAGAAAGCCAACAGAUGGGGCGGCCUUGGACAGAGUGUUUGUUCCCAGGACUGGAAUAUUGAGUGAUGUGGAGUUACUAAGUGGGCGCCUGAACGGGGAUGCCUUGCACAAAUCACACAGCAGCAGCAUUGUAGGCGCAAAAACUGCAAAUGAAAGCAGCAGCGAUGACUCGAAACCUCACAAGCGCUCCAAGCGCUUCCUCUCCUUCCCGCGCUUUGUUGAAGUCAUGUUGGUGGCCGACAGCAAAAUGGUGGACCAUCACGGAGGCAACCUGCAGCACUACAUCCUCACCUUAAUGUCCAUCGUGUCUUCCAUCUACAAGGACCCCAGCAUUGGCAAUCUAAUUAACAUAGUGAUUGUGAAGUUAGUCAUUAUAAACAACGAGCAGGAUGGUCCCCUUGUUUCAUUUAACGCACAGACCACUUUGAAGAAUUUCUGCAUUUGGCAGCAUGGCCAAAAUGUCUUGGAUGAUAACCACCACUCACACCAUGAUACUGCCAUUCUUAUUACAAGACAAGACAUCUGCAGAGCGAGGGACAAAUGUGACACUUUAGGACUGGCAGAGUUGGGCACUGUGUGCGAUCCGUACAGGAGCUGCAGCAUUAGCGAAGACAACGGCCUGAGCACGGCGUUCACCAUCGCUCAUGAACUUGGCCACGUGUUCAACAUGCCUCACGAUGACAGCAAUAAAUGUAAGGAGGACGGCGUUAAGAUCCAGCAACACGUAAUGGCUCCCACACUCAACUACAACACAAAUCCUUGGAUGUGGUCCAAGUGCAGCAGGAAGUACAUCACAGAGUUCCUUGACACAGGCUAUGGCGAGUGCUUGCUCGACGAGCCCGUUUCUCGGCCAUACGGUCUUUCGCAGCAGCUGCCUGGAUGGGUAUAUAAUGUCAACAAACAGUGUGAAUUGAUAUUUGGGCCAGGAACACAGGUGUGCCCUUAUAUGACCCAAUGUCGAAGGCUGUGGUGCACCAGCCCGGAGGGCGCCCAGAGGGGCUGCAGGACACAACACAUGCCGUGGGCUGACGGCACUGAUUGCUCCCCAGGAAAGCACUGCAAACACGGGCUGUGUAUAACCAAAGAGCAUGACGCCACACCUGUGGAGGGCGCGUGGGGAGUUUGGAGCCCUUUCGGUACCUGCUCUCGGACGUGCGGCGGCGGCAUCAAGAUCGCCGAGCGCGAAUGCAACCGACCCGUGCCAAGGAAUGGAGGGAUGUACUGUGUCGGUCGCCGGAUGAAGUUCCGUUCCUGUAACUCUGAGCCGUGCUCCAAGCAGAAGAAGGACUUCAGAGAGGAGCAGUGCGCCGCUUUUGACGGCAGGCAUUUCAACAUCAACGGUCUACCUCCUAAUGUUCGCUGGGUGCCCAAAUACAGUGGAAUCCUGAUGAAGGACAGAUGUAAGCUGUUCUGCAGGGUAGCAGGUAGCACCGUCUACUAUCAGCUCAGGGACCGGGUCACCGACGGCACGCCGUGCGGACCCGAUACCAAUGACAUCUGCGUCCAAGGCUUGUGCAGGCAAGCUGGCUGUGACCACGUAUUAAACUCCAAAGCCAGACGAGACAAGUGCGGUGUGUGUGGUGGUGACAAUUCUUCUUGUAAAACUGUGGCAAACACUUUCAACAUUGUACGCUAUGGCUACAAUGAAGUUGUGCGGAUACCCAGUGGUGCUACAAACAUUGAUGUUCGUCAACACAGCUACUCAGGGAAACCGGAGGAUGACAAUUACCUCGCCAUAUCAAAUAGUCGUGGAGAAUUCCUGCUUAAUGGAGAGUUUGUAGUCAGCAUGUUUAAAAGGGAAAUUAAAGUCGGAAACGCCGUCAUCGAGUACAGUGGCUCUGACCAUGUUAUUGAGAGGAUUAAUUGUACCGAGCGCAUCGAAGAGGAGAUCGUCGUCCAGGUGCUGUCUGUGGGGAACCUUUACAACCCAGAUGUCAGAUAUUCCUUCAACAUCCCCAUAGAGGAUAGACCUCAGCAGUUCUUCUGGGAUGCCUAUGGUCCGUGGCAGGAGUGCAGCCGUCUGUGCCAAGGAGAGAGGAAGAGAAAAGUUCUCUGUAGCAGAGAGUCUGACAGGGUGGUGGUUUCAGACCAGAGGUGUCAUGGUAUACCAAGACCGAUGGUCACGCCUGAGGCCUGCAACACUGAAUGUGAACUGAGGUGGCAUGUGGCUCGAAAGAGUGAAUGCACUGCUCAGUGUGGUGUCGGAUAUCGCACUUUGGACAUAUUCUGUGCUAAAAUCAGCCACCCAGACGGAAAGAACCAAAAAGUUGACGAUCGCUAUUGCAGCGGGCAGCGCAAACCUGACGACAAGGAAGCUUGUCAUGGAGAUUGUAAUCCCGGAGGCUGGGAGUAUUCGUCCUGGUCCGAGUGCUCAAAGAGUUGUGGUGGAGGCACCCGCCGAAGAGGGGCAGUGUGUCGAAAGGCAGCGGGGGCUGAGGGCGAUGACAGCAAGUGCAGUCAACGAGACAAGAUGGCCGUCCAACCCUGCAAUGAAUUCCUCUGUCCACAAUGGAACACCGAAGACUGGUCGGAGUGCCUUGUAACGUGCGGGAAAGGCUAUAAGCACCGCCGGACGUGGUGUCAGUUUGGUGAGGACCGUCUAGAUGACCGCUUCUGCGGUUCAUCAAAGCCCGACUCGGUCCAGACGUGUCAGCAGCAGGAGUGUGCCUCUUGGCAAGUCGGACCUUGGGGACAGUGCACUACCUCAUGUGGACUUGGGUACCAGAUGCGAGCUGUGAAGUGUGUGGUUGGAUCUUACGGUGCUGUCAUGGAAGACACCGAAUGUAAUGCUGCCACCCGGCCCACUGACACCCAGGACUGUGAACUAGCCCAGUGUCCAAACAGCCAACCUGUUUCCCCAGGGACCAAAGUCCCGUCCCAUCAAGGCCACAAAACCCAGUGGCGCUUUGGUUCGUGGACCCAGUGCAGCGCCAGCUGCGGCAAAGGGACCCGUAUGCGUUAUGUCAGUUGUCGUGACAACCACGGCGGUGUGGCAGAUGAGUCGGCGUGUGCUCAACUCCCAAAACCUCCUGCCAGAGAAGUGUGCUCCGUCGUGGCAUGUGGACAGUGGAAAGUUUUAGAGUGGACUUUGUGUUCAGUAACCUGCGGUCAGGGGAAGACAACACGACAAGCGGUCUGUGUCAACUUCAGUGACCAAGAAGUCAACGCCAGCGAGUGCGACCCAGACGAUCGGCCGAGCACAGAACAAGACUGCGCCAUGUCUCAAUGCACGUCCCACUCCAGUGAUUCCAGACCUCUUCCAUCCUCACCAAACAACAGGGCCAGGAACAUCAUUCCUCAAAGCCAAUCCCACCAAUGGCGGACUGGGCCCUGGGGCGCGUGCUCCAGCACAUGUGCGGGAGGUUUCCAGCGGCGGGUCGUAGUGUGCCAGGAUGAGAACGGCUACCCUGCCAACAGCUGUGAGGAUCGCAGCCGGCCCAGUGAGCAGCGAUCCUGUGAGUCGGGGCCAUGUCCGCAGUGGAUCUAUGGCAACUGGGGAGAGUGCAACAAACCAUGCGGAGGCGGGAUAAAGACGAGACUGGUGGUAUGUCAACGUCCAAACGGUGAGCGUUUCAAUGAUCUGAGCUGCGAGAUCCACGACAAGCCACCGGAUCGGGAGCAGUGCAAUACUCAGCCGUGCCCGUCUAGCCCUCACUGGAGCACAGACCCAUGGAGCUCGUGCUCUGCCUCUUGUGGAAAAGGCUUCAAGUCCCGCAAGGUGCGCUGUUUGAACAGCUCAGGUCGCUCUGUUGAAGAUGACAACUGCCAGCAUUUGAGCCCCAAACCCCGAAACAAGAGGCGCUGCAGAGGCGGCCGCUGUCCGAAGUGGAAGACCGGCAGUUGGGAGGAGUGCUCAGCAUCCUGCGGUGACGGUAUCCAGCGGCGGGAGGUGAUGUGCCACACUGGUACCCGAAGGAGCCCGCUUGAGUCCGACUGCCCCGAGCGCUCCCGCCCGCCGUCCAGUCAAAGCUGUCACGUUGCUGAAUGUCCCUCACGCUACCAGUGGAGAGAAGGAGACUGGCAGGCGUGCAGUAAAUCUUGUGGAUCGGGCCACAGAAGACGAGACUUACAAUGCGUGGACGAGCACAAGCGUGAUGUCCAUGAAAUGUACUGUGUGAACCAAAUCAAACCUCCAGAUAUCGAAAGCUGCAACGCACAAGCCUGUGAGUUUGUCUGGAUCACAGGAGAAUGGACUGAGUGUUCAGUCAGCUGUGGCCAGGGCUACCGCCAGCGUCUGAUCUCCUGCAGUGAGGUACACAUGGAGAAAGAUAAUUAUGAGUAUGGUCAUCAGUCUCUUUCCAACUGUCCUGGGACGCCCCCUGAGAGGUACAAGCCUUGUCACCUGGAGUCUUGUGCACCUCUGCAUGAGUGGAGGGUUGGAACAUGGGGACCUUGCUCAGCAAGCUGUGGAGAUGGAGUGAUGGAGAGGGCCGUGCAGUGUGUGAAAGCAGAUGGCCAGCGAAGUAAAAAAUGCUCACUCGAUGCCAUGCCAGAAGCCAGGAAAGUCUGCAGAAACCUGAGCUGCCAUUUGCCUACAAGCUGCCAGGAUAUCCAGCACAUGAAAGGUGUUUUAACAGAUGGUGACCAUUUACUGAAUAUUCAAGGAAAUACUCUCAAGGUCUACUGUGCAGGAAUGCAGACAGAGAAUCCACGGGAAUAUAUCACCUUGACAACAGGAGAGGGGGAAAAUUUUUCGGAGAUCUUUGCCUUCAGGCUCAAUGACCCUUCCCAGUGUCCAUCCAACCAGUCCAGAAGAGAAGACUGCGACUGUCGGAGGGACUACGCCGCUUCCGGCUUCACCACCUUCUCCAAGGUCCGCCUGGACCUGAUCAAGAUGAACAUCAUCACUACAGAUUGGCAAUUUUCAUUGACCCCUGAAGGCAACCGGGUUCCAUUUGGCACAGCGGGGGACUGCUACAGCGCCUCCCAGUGCCCACAGGGGCGCUUCAGCAUUGACCUUUCCGGAACAGGUUUUAAAGUGGCUGCAGACACCUUGUGGACCUCCCAAGGCAAUUAUGCUGUGGCUGAUAUAAGGAAAUCUCAGGAUGGCAGCAGAGUGUUAGGAACAUGUGGAGGCUACUGUGGCAAAUGUACUCCAGCAUCAUCUUCUCUUCUCCACAUUACAGUGGCCUAGUGUCGGGAAACACGUAUGCAAGAUGUUGAAUAAUAUUUAUAAUUCUCUGCCAUGACUAAAAACCCGUGGCUGCUCUUGUGCGGCAUUUCCUGCAAAAAUGUUGUCAUGCAAAGCUGCUUGUGAUAUUUUGUCAGUCAGGUGCUUCUCUUGUCAGAACAUCCCUCCAUUUCGGCGUGACGUGCUCCACAUAGCGCAAAUCCAUCCAUCGUGAUCGUUUUGUAUAGGGGGGGGUUAACCGUCUAUCAUUUAAUUUUGUGUUGUUGCUGUAAAAGUAUGUGCGUCUGUAAUAUAUAUCUUAUUUAUUGUAGACCUACUCCUCAUUUAAUACUUUUUUGUGAUUUAUUUUGUUGAGGGACCCAAUGUCCCUUUGCCAGAAUGUGCCUUUUAUUUCUUAGAUAAUUAUACAUUUGAUCUUUGAUUUAGAGAUUGUGCAUGGUUCUGUGAUUCAUAUAUGCACAUUCCUUCAAACACUGCAUUUUAAAACCUCCAUGUGAGGUAGCGUGACAAAAAAAAAAAAAACGGGCCUUGAGAGAACACAGGUUAUCUUCACUGGUGAAGCUUGAGAGAAGGAUUUUACCUCCGACCAAUAAAACUCCACAAGAUACCCUGCAGAUGUUCUCCACAGUUCCGUCCAUGGAGAGACCUCACAAGUAGUUUGUGCCGCAUGUGAAUGCUGUUAACUGUUACCUUCUGUACUUUAUUCUACUUUAUUGUGCGUGUCCAGCUUGUUCAUUUGAUGUUCUGCCGUUAUCACCUGUCGCAUGCUGCCCUUCAUGAACCGAUCAAGGUGCAAUUUUUAUAUUUCCAUACCUCUCAGUUGUAUCCUUCAGACCAACAGGCCUUCAGAUGACAUCAAAAAAGGGAUUAUUCUAAUCAUGAAAUGUAUUUAUCUUGUUUCUAUGCAAUUGCCACAUUUUAAUCAGGUAUAUUUGUAAACGUAUCACAAUGUGAAAUAUGCUUUAUUAGAAAUGCCAAUAUUUAUUUUUAACUUGUCUUGUGAAUGUAUUUGUGUCUAUGAAUUUCAAUGCAGUAUCAAGAGAUAUGUUUAUAGGCAUUAAAAUCUGUCACCUCUGCAUCAUUUGUAAACUCGUGUUUUGUAUUUCAAUAUGUACUGGAUGUCUUCCCAAUGCAGUCUUCCCGGAUAUAAAAUAAAAAUAUGUG